UACUGUCUAGCAUGCGUGUUUGUUUUUAUUCGUAUAAAUUUGUUUUUCUACGAAACCGCUUGGCGGUGGAUGAUCAAAAUGCCUUGUGUUAACGCUGUUCGAUCUGUUACGACUCGUUCAUUAUUUAAAGCUAACGUUUAUGCAGACAUUCUGAACAAGACGGCUAUUUGUGAUUCAUAUUUGGUCAGACUGGGCUUACGCAAUCCUAAUUUCUGCUAUAGCGAUAGGGGACAUGCAACUAAAUGCAAUGAGUUGGGAAUUCACGGUUUCACAAAGACCGGGGAUUAUUCCAAACACUCAUCUCUAUCAAAAAUAUAUCCAAUACGUUGGAACGACAGUUCUACUUUAAAACAUUAUGGCAUUACUAGCAGAAUAUGUUGCAAGAAAUCCGAUUUAUUGGUUUCGAUUAAAUCGCCACUGCACUGUGAAAGUUGUGCAUUUCAUUCGAGAUGUGAACAUGGUUACGUUUUCGCGAAACAUUCAGAAGAUCAAGGUUCCAAACAAGAUGAAAUUAUCACAAGCGAAGCCCAGCCAAAUACUGAAACUGACGAGCGUUCAGUUUCGUUUGGUGGUGGUCAACAGGCGCUUGGAAAGCUCACAACCACACACAUGCGCAUAUUAUACACGUGCAAAGUGUGUGGUUCCAAAAACAUGAACACGUUUUCAAAAACAUCUUAUAGACAUGGGGUUGUUAUUGUGACCUGUCAAGGGUGUAAAAACAACCAUUUGAUAGCAGACAAUCUAGGAUGGUUUGAACACAUUGACAAACGGAACAUAGAAGAAAUCCUUGCUUCUAAAGGUGAAAAGGUGAAGAACAUUUCAACAGAAAAUGAUACACUGGAGUUUUGUGAUAAUGACGUUGAUGCAUAGUCGAGCAUGCUUCUGUAGCAUGGCAUGGAUUGGGUGUAUGGAUUAAUUGCUAUAUACAUAUACAUAUAUAUUUAUUUAUUUUAGUUUGAAAAGACUAAGAACAUAUACGAAGAGGACUUAAACUAGUUAAAACCUUCACAGUAUUAUUGAACAAAAGAAAACCAUUCAUCUUGAAUUUAGUUUCAAUAUAUUUCGUCUGAAGCAACAAUUUCUCCCCUUGAUUGAUUUUGGAAGUAUUCACUCAGCAAUCAUCAGUAGUUACUAUUUGGUGUCAGAAGUGUGAUCGUACUUUGUCGCAGUAAUCUAGAAAGAUUCAUUAGCUAUUCAUAAGUGCACAUAUACAUGUACUUUGCACAACGCACCUGCAUGAUAGUUUUGAUGCUGAUCCGCAAGUAACACAUAAAAUUCUAUAUACACGUCCAUGUAUUUAUUUAAACGACCUUAGUCGAAGAUUGACAUGCCAUUUUGGUCAAUAUUAUAUUCUGUAUGUUACAUAAUCGUAUGACAAUCUGCGAUAAUGCAGUUUCUUUGCAAAAAAGUAUUUACGCAUUUAUGUAAUAAUUGUUAAACACAUUUGAAGGUGUGUGUAGCAUCAUUACAUACAUACACGCACGGGUCACACACACAUACACACACACACGCACGUUCAAUUAUGUCUGCAUAUAAUAAUGAGGUGAAUAACACUUAACCGUGGCGUAUUUUGUGUCGGUUUCUUUUUUCACUUCAUAAUAUUUUCAUAAUAUUUAAAUAACACAACCAUGCCAAGAUAAUAUUUGUAUUUUUGUUCACUCGUACAUGUUAAAUAAACGUUUAACCUUCAGUUCUGGGAUGUUUCUUGGCUUGUUUGUCCCAACAUUACUUUGUUCGUGAUAUCAUUGUAUUUGUAGAUUGAUAUUUAUGUGCUCCAGAAUAAAACAAUGUGGAAAAUUGUCAGACUGAUGAAUAAACAACAAUAGUGAU